AUGAACUUUUGUGAUUUUCCUAUUAGCAAUUCAAAAGGAGUGUGUCAUAGGCAAAUAACUAAAGAAUAUGAAAAUAGUGGUAUAACUAAAUUUUUUUUAAAAGAUUUAAUAAAAGAGUCAUCAUUAAAAAACAAUGAUAGUAUAUCAAACAACCAAAUCAAAAAUGACGAAAAUAAUUUUCAACAAAAUGACAAAAAUCAAUCUUUUAACGUUUCUUAUACAUGGGAAACGGAUACAAUAAGUGGACUAAGAUUCAUAAAUGUUUUAAAUAAAAAGGAUAAAAAAAAAUUGGGGUUUCAAUGUAUUUAUUGUAGAGACAAACAGCUUUUUAAAAAAAAAAGUAGUGUAUUAUAUCACAUGGUUACAUUUAACCAUGGCUUAAAAACUAGUGUUAUAGAAGAAUUAAAGAUUGAGAGGAAUUUGGAUGAUAGAUUAGAUUUCAUCAAAAAUUUUAAUUUAGAAAAACCUACAACUGAAAAAAAGGAAAAUGAAAUUCAAAAAGAAUUUGUUAAUGAUUAUAAUUUAAUUAAACUAGAAAUAGAAUUUGUUUCAACUUUAAAUUUAUUAACACACGAAGAAUUAAAGACACUAUUUCUUUUGUUUUUCCCCGAAAAUUUAUUGUCAAUUAAUCAGUAUAUGAGUAAAGAAAAUAUUAUUGAAAUUUUUUUACUCAAUAUAAGUUCAAUUUCAGAAAAAUAUUCUGGAACUAUUAAAAAAAUAUAUAAUGCCCCUAUUCUUAAUAAAGAUGUAGAUCACAUAUCACUAAGUGAAUAUUUGAAUGAAUUAAAAGGCACAGUAAAAGGGGAAUCUAAUCUAAAAUAUGAUACGAAUAUAAAAAAUAAAGAAGUCAUUAACGAAUUAAUGAGUUUUAAAAAUAAAAUUUACGAAGAAAUAGAUACUUAUGAAGAAGACAAAAAAAAUGUAUCAGAAACAAAAAAUGAAAAUAAUAUCAAAGAUACACGAGAAAAAAAUAAAGAGGAAAUAAUAGAAAAUAAUAUAAAAGAAAUUACAGAACAAAAUAAAAAUAAUAUAAUACAAGAAAAUGAAAAUAACAUAAUAGAAGAAAAUAAAAAUAAUAUAAUACAAGAAAAUGAAAAUAAUAUAACAGAAGAAAGUAAAAAUAAUAUAAUACAAGAAAAUGAAAAUAUCAUAAUAGAAGAAAAUAAAAAUAAUAUAAUACAAGAAAAUGAAAGUAAAAAUGAUAUAACACAAAAAAAUAAAAAUAACGCAAUAGAAGAAAAUAAAAACAAUAUAAUACGAGAAAAUGAAAAUAAUAUAAUACAAGAAAAUGAAGAAAAUAAAAGAGAAAUUAUUAAAUCAACUGAAAAGAAUCAUAUCAUAAUAAAUAUAAAGAAUUAUGAUAUCUUUAAACACAAUGAUAAGUUAUUCAUUGAUUUAACAACACAUAAAGAAACAAAAGAUAAUAUACAAAAUACGGAGGACACUUUUCUAAUAAUUAAUAAUUCUUUAACUAAUAAUGAAGUGAAUAAUAUAGAAGUAAAACCAACUAAUAAUAGCUUACUAAAAAAUAUAAAUACCCAGAGAAUUAAUAACAAUGAUCAAAAAAAAGAAAACUCUAUAGGUGUUUUGUUAAACAUGAAUAAAAAAAUAAGAAAAAACAGAAAAAUAAAUGAAAAUGGAAAAAAAUAUACUACAAAUAUAUGUAAAAAAUCAAGAAAGAAUGAAAAAAAUUCAUUACAUGAAAAAUUAAAAAUAAAUAGUUUAUGCAUAGAAAACUCAGUUCAAGAAAAUUGUAUCAAGGAGAGCUUAACAAAUGAAAAAUCCAUGAUAAAUAAUUUAAUUGAAGAUAAUUUAGAUAAGGAGAAUAAUAAUUUAAAUAAAAAAAAAUACAAUUUAGAAAAUUAUAAGAAAAGUUAUUACGCAGAAAAAUCUAGUAAUCUAAUAAAUAAUUGCUUAAAUAGUGUAGAUGUAGAAAAAAAUAAUAACACAGAAGAUGAUUUACAUACUUAUAAUGAUUUAUUUUAUAUAAGAAAUAAUGAAAAAAAUAAUAAUGUAAAUUAUAACAAAAGUAUAAUAGAAAACAAUCAUAUAAACAAUGAAAGUAGUGUUAAAAUUAGUGAGGUAAAUAAUGAAAAUAAUUUAAAUUUAAACAAUGUUAAUACAAAAAAUACAAACAAUACAUUUAUAAGAAAGAUUAAUUAUGAAAAAAAAAAUAAUAAUAAUAAUAACAAUAAUAAAUUAGUAAAUCAAAGGAAGGGCAAUUGUAUUAUAAGUGUGAAAGAAAUAAAAAAAAAAAUCAUGAUAUCAAAUAAAACACUAAAGAAAAAUAAAAAACAAAAAGUAGAAUAUGAUAUUUUGUUAAGAAGGAAUGUAAAAAGUACAUAUAGUAGAAAAUUUUUAGAAGAAAAAAAAAUAAUGAACAUUAAGAAAAAACACACUAAAAAAACAGUAAAAGAUAAAAAACCAACAUAUGUAAAUUAUGAAAAAAAUAUUUGUAAAUUUAUAGGAAAAAAAAAGAACCUACUAAUUAGAAAAGCUACUAAUAAAGAACAUAGAAAAAAAUUCAUGAACAAAACAAAAAAGAAGAAAAUUGAAAAUAUUUGCACCUUUUUAAAUAAGGAAAUCAAGCAAUUAUGCAAUUUAUCUAAAGAAAACAUAAUUCAACAUGAUAACGUAAAUUUAAUGUGCACACGUUCUCACAGAUUAUCAAGAUAUAUAAAAAAAUGA